GUUGGUAACCAGGGAGGGGGGGAUGGCGGAGCGGGCGCCGGAGCCCGAGGCGGAGGCGGAGGCUGAGGCGGGCGCAGGCGGGGAGGCGGCGGCCGAGGAGGGCGCGGCGGGCCGCAAGGCGCGGGGUCGGCCGCGGCUCACGGAAUCGGACCGAGCCCGGCGGCGGCUCGAGUCCCGGAAGAAGUACGACGUGCGGCGUGUGUACCUGGGCGAGGCGCACGGGCCCUGGGUGGACCUGCGGCGCCGCAGCGGCUGGAGCGACGCCAAGCUCGCAGCCUAUCUCAUCUCGCUGGAGCGCGGCCAGCGUAGCGGCCGCCACGGGAAGCCUUGGGAACAGGUCCCCAGAAAGCCAAAGCGGAAGAAAAGGAGGCGACGCAACGUGAACUGCCUGAAGAACGUGGUGAUCUGGUACGAGGACCACAAGCACCGCUGCCCGUACGAGCCGCACCUGGCCGAGCUGGACCCCACCUUCGGCCUGUACACCACAGCCGUGUGGCAGUGCGAGGCCGGCCACCGCUACUUCCAAGACCUGCACUCGCCCCUGAAGCCACUCAGUGAUUCAGACGCCGACAGCGACAAAGUGGGCAAUGGCCUGGCGGCCAGCAGCUCCGACCCUUCUAGUUCCGGCUCCGGUUCUGACUCUGAGGAGCCCCCCGAGGGCCCGCCGGCCAAGGGAGCGGCCGUGGCGGCGGCGGCGGUGACCCCCUCCAGCCCGGCGGGCAGCAGCGGGCUCAUCACUCAGGAGGGCGUGCACAUCCCCUUCGACGUCCACCACGUGGAGAGCCUGGCGGAGCAGGGCACCCCGCUGUGCCCCAACCCGGCGGGCGGUGGGCCCGAAGCCCUGGAGACGGUGGUGUGUGUGCCGGUGCCCGUGCAAGUGGGCCCGGGCCCCGGCACCCUCUUCGAGAACGUGCCCCAGGAGGCGCUGGGCGAGGUGGUGGCCAGCUGUCCCGUGCCAGGCAUGGUGCCCGGCUCGCAGGUGAUCAUCAUCGCAGGCCCCGGCUACGACGCCCUCACGGCCGAGGGCAUCCACCUCAACGUGGCCGCAGGCAGUGGUGCCCCCGGCGGGGGCCUGGGGGAUGAAGUGCCCUGUGCCGUGAUGGAGGGCGUAGCAGCCUACACCCAGACGGAGCCCGAGGGCAGCCAGCCCAGCACCAUGGACCCUGCCGCCAUGGCAGGCAUCGAGACCAAGAAAGAGAAGGAGGACCUGUAUGUGCUCAAGAAGGAGGAGAAGGAGGAGCCCGUGGCCCCAGAGCUGGCGGCGGCAGCGCCUGAGAGCGCAGAGCCCGAAGCCGAGGCAGACGGGGAGGAGCUGGACGGCAGUGACAUGUCGGCCAUCAUCUAUGAGAUCCCCAAGGAGCCCGAGAAGAGGCGGCGGAGCAAGCGCUCUCGGGUGAUAGACGCCGACGGCCUGCUAGAGAUGUUCCACUGCCCCUACGAGGGCUGCAGCCAGGUCUACGUGGCCCUCAGCAGUUUCCAGAACCAUGUCAAUCUUGUGCAUCGGAAAGGGAAAACCAAAGUGUGUCCACACCCUGGCUGCGGCAAGAAGUUCUAUUUAUCCAACCACCUGCGGCGGCACAUGAUCAUCCAUUCAGGUGUCCGUGAGUUCACCUGCGAAACCUGCGGCAAGUCCUUCAAGAGGAAGAACCACCUGGAGGUGCACCGGCGCACCCACACCGGGGAGACGCCCCUGCAGUGCGAGAUCUGCGGCUACCAGUGCCGGCAGCGCGCGUCGCUCAACUGGCACAUGAAGAAGCACACGGCCGAGGUGCAGUACAACUUCACGUGCGAGCGCUGCGGGAAGCGCUUCGAGAAGCUGGACAGCGUCAAGUUCCACACGCUCAAAAGCCACCCGGACCACAAGCCAGCCUGACCCAUCCAACCACUGACCGCCCCUAUUUAUUCGUCCACUCGGACACCACGCCUGGGCUUGCUGGGGCCCAGACAGCCGCGGGGGCCUCCCGGACCGCGGGCCGGAAGGAGGCGCCCCUGCUCUGCCCUGGGGCUGGGCCCCCCACAACCCCGCCCUAUCUCUGGAGGUGGCGCCUGGGGUUGCACUGCCAGAACUGUGUCAAGAGAGCAGAGCGAGAUUAAAGAGCGAGAAAGGAGAUGCCCUUCCCCUAGGCCUGGAUGAUUUGGGGAGCUGGGCCCUUCUGUCUCCAACCUGGUCCCUUCCUGAGCGAGGCUAAGGCAGGCGGUAAUGCCCCUUUCCUGACAGCCUCUGCACUGCCUCGGCUAUCUGAGCCUGGAAACCCCGAACACUCCGUCUCACGGGGUCAGAGGGUGGGAGGUUGGGAAACGGGAGGCCACCGGACAUCUCCUGGGACUCAGGAUCUUGAUGCCCACUCCUAAUCCCUCAUGGAAUACUAAUUCCCCACCCUCAGAGAGCUCAGGGACCGGUUGGGGAGAUGUUCAGUAAACACCUAUGUAAGACA